CCCUUUCCGGCUCGGGCCUGGGAGGCAUCCACAACUCCCAGCAAGGGCUCCCUCACUACGCCCAUCCGGGCCCCGCCAUGCCCGCCGACAAGAUGCUCACCCCCAACGGCUUCGAAACCCACCACCCGGCCAUGCUCGGCCGCCACGGGGAGCAGCACCUCACGCCCACCUCAGCCGGCAUGGUGUCCAUAAACGGCCUCCCUCCACACCACCCGCACGCCCACCUGAACGCCCAGGGCCACGGACAGCUCCUAGGCACGGCCCGCGAGCCCAACCCCUCGGUGACCGGCGCGCAAGUCAGCAGUGGAAGUAAUUCAGGGCAGAUGGAAGAGAUCAAUACCAAAGAGGUGGCGCAACGCAUCACCACGGAGCUGAAACGCUACAGCAUUCCCCAGGCCAUCUUCGCGCAGAGGGUGCUGUGCCGCUCCCAGGGGACACUCUCGGAUCUGCUGCGCAACCCCAAGCCCUGGAGCAAGCUUAAAUCCGGCCGGGAGACUUUCCGGAGGAUGUGGAAGUGGCUGCAGGAGCCGGAGUUCCAGCGCAUGUCGGCGCUCCGCUUAGCAGCGUGCAAGAGGAAAGAGCAAGAGCACGGGAAGGAUCGAGGCAACACACCCAAGAAGCCCAGGCUGGUCUUCACCGACGUCCAGCGCCGAACUCUCCACGCCAUCUUCAAGGAGAACAAGCGUCCGUCCAAAGAGCUGCAGAUCACCAUCUCGCAGCAGCUGGGGCUGGAGCUCAGCACCGUGAGCAACUUCUUCAUGAACGCACGGCGCCGGAGCCUGGACAAGUGGCAGGACGAGGCCAGCACCAGCUCCGGGAGCUCCUCCUCCUCCAGCACCUGCACCAAAGCGUGAAGGGAGCCACAGACUUGAACCUCGGUGGAAAAGCUUUAAAUCAGAAAGAGAAGAUUUUUAAAGACCAGGACCUCAAGAUAGCAGGUUUAUACUCAGAAAUAUUUGAAGAAAAAAAGUGAUAUUUAUAGUCCAAAGAAACCAAAGACUUAGCUCACCUGCACCCUGACUCUGUUCGGAGACGCACACUUAGGCGGGCGACAAUGUGGCCGGGAAAGGACGGGCGGGCUCACCGCCGCGCACCUGCAGCCUGCGGUUACUGUCGCCUCACGUACACGGCCGCGAGUGGCCUGGCGCCCGGGGUCCCGAGCCACGGAGUGGACACCCUUGGGGUCAGACACCCGCGACCCCCGCCACACACCAGACACGAAGGUGCCUGGUGUCACCGUGCCAGGCGCAGGUGUGCAAGCGCGUCCACACUCACAGGCGUGCACGCUGCCGUGAGGGGGUCUCAGGCAGGGCCCGUGGUCAGGAAGGAAGGCAGAGCCGUGUGGAUCAGGAGUGAUGGCGCCACCGCCCGGCCAGGCGCAGGCUCAGCCCCACCAGAGGAGAUUUAAACAGCACCCAAACCCAGUGCAUUCUCUUUGUUUGUUAAGGAGUGUUCAGAUAUUUUUUAAGAAAUGAAACAAGAGUCCAUCCAUUUAAAAAGUCACUUAAGUACCAAAGAACACACUUAAUAUUAUAGUGCAGAUAUUUUAUUGCAACAAUUUUAAUAACCAAAGCUAUUUUUACACAAGAUACUAUGUAAAGUUAUACAUAUGAACUGACCUAGCUUGACACACAUACCACAUAGAUUCACAACUAAAAUUUAUGACUCUUGAAGCAUUUGAAAUAGGAGUUUCCAGAAUUGGUAAGAAAGAAUGUAGCUUCAGGGAGCCAAAGACCGCCCCUGGAGAGGUCGGGGCUCCCACACACACCCGGCGGCCCACACAGGGCACCUGUGUAGAAAAACAGACAGGACUCCAUCCUCUCCUAACGGCUGAGCAGCCCAGGACCCCGUUUGUACACAAGGAACCUGUUUAAUGAGGCCAGCAACUGAAUUAGAAAACAUGUUGAAGAUGAUGCUUUGUUUUGUUUUGUUUUUUGAGACAGGGUCUUGCUAUGUAGUCCAGGCUGGCCUCAAACUCACAGCUCAAUCCUCCUGCCUCAGCCUUACAAGUGCUGGGAUUAUAGGCAUGCGCCACCAUGCCCAGCUAAAGUGAUGCAUUUUAGCAAAAGACCAACCAAUAAGAACUCAGGUUCAUUUGACCUAACUUUGCUCUAUGUAUUUGGCACCAAAUGUCUUUUAAAAAUACUUUGCAAACACAGAGUGAGCAGACCAGUGCAUUAUUAAUAUUAAUUGUCUAAGACAGGCACGGAAGUGUGCAGCUAUAGUUCUACCUAUUCAGGAGGCUGAGGCAGGAGGACCCCUUGGGCUAGGGGUUCAAGACCUGCCCUCGAAAUGUAGAGAAGAGAUCCAAUCUCAAAGCUAAAUGAAAUUUAAAUUAGUUGUCAGGCAUUUUACAAUAAUCCUAAAAAAGUAGUCAAGCUGACUUAUUGCCAACCCCAGACGCUAUGACUGGAGCACCCAUAAGACAGCAGGUGCCGCCCAGAACUGGUGGGCUGGUGGCACUGACAGAAAAGGCAGCUUGUGGCCGAGCACAGCCCGUGCUCUAGCAUGAGAAGCACUUCAUUCUCUCUGCACAGCCUCCAAAGCCCACUGCAUUCUUUCUUACUACUGCACGAAGCUGGAAAUCUUAUAACAUGGAUUCCACUCUAAGAGAGACAGAUAAAAAGCUAGACCUGAGCUUCCAAAUACGAUGUUUUAAAUUUGUGUUCCUUCAAAUCACUCAACUGGGGAUCUGUAAGUCAAGGCUGAAAUAAAAGGCCCUGCUGGUACCCCAGAGUCCCCUGACUCCCACACACUCUGAAUUCAGUUCAUUUGCACAUGCACGGUGCUCUUAGUGCUUUUUCACAUCAACUAGAGCUAAACUGGAAGCUCUAGUAACUCAGUGAGGCGUUCUCUGAGAUUCGGUAAAAUGCCAAAGCAAAAUGUUAAAUUGCCUUGCCCAAAACAAUUCCUGAAGGUCUGAGCUCCAGGUCUGUGCAGGUCUAAACAGACAGCAGAUACCUUCGAGGUGACUCUCAGCCAGAGGCCAGCUCUGUCUCUCCUCAAGAGGACACCACAACCUGCUCCCCCACGGAAACAGCACCUGCCUUGCCACACAGUACUUGGUCUUCGUAUUUUUUUUAUUUCAUCCAAGACUCCAGCUAUAAUUUUUCACUUCUAAAUAUGGCACAAUUUUAGUUCAGUAUUAAGAGACUGUUCAAAGGCUACCCUUCAAGACUUCCUAAAAAUAUAAUCUUAUCAACAACAUAACAGAAAGAAAAACACGAUUAAUUAUUUUUCUCUCCCGGAAUGGAGGGAGCUGGGGGUGCAGCUACAUACUGUAGUAAUGGUUUAGGAGGGAGGAAAGUCUUAUUUAUCUAAAAUAUGAGACUUUCAAAUGCAGGGAAGUUCAAGCUGUGCCUACACACACUCUUACCCAAGUUUACCUCCCCAGGAAAGACAAACACGGAUCUCAAACAACCUCCAUUUGUUUUUAUUGGAUUUACCCCAAAUUAAUCCAACUGCGUUUUGCAUUUUCAACUAAUUAUGUUGGUCCUGUGUAGGCACAGUCUAAAAGAAUAUCACUACAUUUUAAAUAUCCUACCACCAUGGUUUUUUAAAUAAUCAGUUCCCCUACUUGCUAACACCAAAGAUGAUUUUUGUACGGCAUUGAACUUGCACCCUUUACUCAAUUUCAGGGCCUAGAUAUAUAUUUUCUCAUAGGCAGAGGCACAACUCAGAGGCUGGAACGCAUUUUUUUACUUGACUACACAGACUCACCUCAUAAGGGGCUUCCCACAAGCAAUACACGUCCCGCGUCCCAUGGCGGCUGAUCCGUCACUUGCUUCUGAGCUGGGGUGUGGCAAAGAUGCUUCUUCCCCACUCGGUGGCUUAGGGCAGUGCUCAUUUACAGCUCCUGUCCUUUAAUCCGCCACAUUCCACAGGGCAGACUCGGGCGAUCUGUUCCCUCACUGCUCAGUCCGGUGGCAAAAUUCACCUUAGGCAGGCACUGCACUCACUCGGUUACACUUUCGUUAAUUACCAAGCUGCACUUCAAAUAACACCUUUUUUGUUUUGUUUUGGUAGAAUGGAAGUUAAUCUGUUUUGCCAUGGACCAUUCAGGUCUUUUCCUAACAGGAAGCUUUUCCAAAAGGGCCAGGGGUUGACGUUGGACACCUCAAAAGCCCAGGCUUCAGGAGAAGUCCAGGUAGAGAUCGGAGAAUCAGGAAUUGGGCCUCCCCGUCCCUGGAGCAGACCCCAAAGACCAAAGAAAACGUGUGGGGGGAAGUACAGAAGUUCCGACUGAGCACGGCACUCAGCGCGUCCCCACGAAGGCAGCGUUGUUUUCCCAGGAACACACAAGCACUCUGCUGUGCUGGACCCACUCUGCCCUGCGCCACCCCAUGGAGACCCCGUCUCUGCAGGUUAGAUGUACUGUGCUGUACCAAAGAGUCCUAGGACAUUCUCCCUAAGAACCAUCCUCCCUUCUUUGUACAAAAGGAUGAAAUCUAUGCAUUCAGCAAACAAAGAGAAAGCACUUGUCCCUUUUCUAUCCAGCUGUUUAGGGUGCAUUCAAACCCAGAGGCUGUCCUGAGACGCACUGGGCCUUGUGGAUUAUUACUGUGGUGUGGUUAUCUUUACAGUACGUUUGGUAACUAUUUCCUAAAUGGUAAAAGGACAGAGAAGCAGAAAGUAAGAAAUAGCUACUUCCACGUGUAAAAAACAAAGUGUAAAGAUCUACUCUUUAUAGUGUGAACCAAAGACGCUACCUCACUCAAUUUCCAUUGGUGAUUUUAAUCACAUUGAUGAUACCAAAGAAUACCAAAGAUACUUUCCUGCACGGCCUGUCUGCAGAGGGAACCCCUGUCCCGUCCCAUCCCACCCGUCCCCACCUCCCUGCCCCCUCUUCACUCAGUGUACAAACUCGUCUUCAUUCUCAAUACUGAUACGACAACGACGUUAGGACACACUGCUCUUACUACUGACUGCUAGUUCUUCUUGUAAACCUCUAGCAAAUAUGUCGCAAACUUUGUAACUCCUAGGAUGAGUGCCUUGCUUGAACCAAAGUGUUAAACCGCUGUUAACCUCUCUCUCCUUAUACUCUUUGAAUACCUCAGCCUCUUAGAAAGGCCACUAAUGAAAAAAAAGGAAUAAUUAUUCACCGUGGUGCUUUUUCCAUGCAACCAUGCAAUGAAACUUUCUUUGAUACCAAAGGAUGACGCCCCCACCCAAUGUUUUGCUGAUAAACCAAAGCUCCUGCUCCUCCUCCUCCUCCUCCUCCUCCUCCUCCUCCUCCUCCUUCUUCUUUCGCUCCCUCCCAAGCCCUCUCACGCCCCAGGUCCCUCACCAGGCGAGCCGUGUGUCACCUUUACCAGUUCCUCCAAAUACCUCAUAGUAAUAAAGUCUAGGGUUAUGUUGUAUAGAGAGUCUGUGUGAUAAGGCAGAACUUACUAGUUUGAUAAUUGUUAAGGUUACUUUUAAGAAAAACUUUAUAAUUCUUAUUUAUUUUGUAGUUUGUAUGUUUGGGAUGUUCCCUCCCUCCCCCUUUGGUUUGGGGUCUAUUUUCUUGGCAGAACUGCUCCGUUGCUCAAGGAAGACUUAAUUUCUGAAAACAUCCCCUAGGUGGGCUUAGGGUUAUAUAAAAAUGCAAGAACAAAAUAAGGGAAGAUUUUCAUUUCAAUCGUUACUUACAAAGGUUUUUGUGUUUUGUAGAAAAUUUGUUUCC